AUGGCAUUUGCCACAGGGACUUCGGCCCGCACAAACUUCUUCUUCGACAAGAUUCUCUUAGAAGAGAGCGACAGCGACGACAGCGACGAGCAUGACUGUGUCUUUUGUAUGAAGGAGGACUUUCUCACAUCUGGGAGUGGUGGGGAUGACAAUGACAAAGGCAAACCCGUCAAUGAUGGCAGCAGCAAUGAACAUAAGCUUGGCUCGCCAGUCAAAAACCUCAGCCCCCUUCAAUGGACCCUUGACUUCAGUGAAGUUAGACAUUUUCUUAGGCGGUCCGAUGGGAAACUCUGUCAUGGAAAGGUUUCUGGGGUGGAAGAGUACCUGCUUGUAGACUUGCUCUCAAAGAUGCUCAGGUAUGAUCCCAGUGAGCGUCCAACAGCUGAGCAGGUCCUGAAGCACCCCUGGUUCUCAUUUGGGAUGAAGAAAAGGGAAAGAUAA